UGUGAUAGCAGCCCCCUGCUGUGUUCAGUGUGAUAGCAGCCCCCUGCUGUGUUCAGUGAUAACGGACCCCCUGCUGUGUUCAUGUGAUAACGGACCCCCUGCUGUGUUCAGUGUGAUAGCGGCCCCCUGCUGUGUUCAGUGUGAUAACGGCCCCCUGCUGUGUUCAUGUGAUAACGGACCACCUGCUGUGUUCAGUGUGCAGACCCUGCAGCAGAUGAAGACCCUCUGGAUGAAGUUCUCUCAGGACUUUGAGGCGUUCUCUCUGUGGAUCUCUGAGAAGGAGAAGCAGCUGGAGGUCCUGAAGUCCUCCUCGCUGCCUCUGGAGGAGCAGAUCAGCUCCGUCAAGGCUGUGUCUGCAGAGCUGCAGGCCCAGAGGGGGGUCUCCUCUCAGCUGGAGGGGGGGUCCCAGGCUCUCUCUCAGUUCGUCUCCUCGGGGGAGGGGUCCCGCAUCAAGGCCCGGCUGACCCAGAUCGGGCGGUACUGGGAGGAGCUGCAGGAGAGCGUGCAGCAGCAGGAGGAGGCGCUGCAGGAGAGCGCCACCUACCUGCAGAGGUUCACCUGCAGCCUGCAGCAGGUACGCACUCUCACUGGG